AUUUUAAUGGGCAUUGCUAAGAAGUGUGAUGUCUCUGUUUGUUGUGUUUAUGUAAAAAAAAAAAGUGACAUCAUAUGAUGAUCAUAUCAUGAUGUAACAGACGCGAUUGCCACUGUCUGAUUGGUUGAUUUCGACGAUGUCGUACGUCCGCCUUUCUGGCUCCUCAGCUCUUUAACUACUCGUUGUCAUGGUGACUUGUCAUGGUAUUGGAGCGCCAUUGAUUCUCAUCGUCUUUCACCAGACGCACUGAACUCGGAUCAGGAAGUCGUCAUCAUCAUCAUCAUCAAUCAUCAUCAGGUUGUCCUGACCACGAGAGGUCGCCACAGUAAAUCAAAACUUGGACUCGGUAACCACAGACUCACAAACGACAACACAACAAAAAUACAACAACACCAUAACAACACAACGACCUUCAAUCAUGAUCAAACUUUACUGACUGACGAAUGAAAUAAGAGUGAGACCUCUUCCUGCUCCUCCUCCUCCUCCUGCUGCUCUUCCUUCCUCUUCGACGCUCGCGUGCACGCGCAUUGCUUGCUCGCGGCUCGGUCACUCGCCGGUCACGUCCCGCGUCCUCUAAUGAGCUACAGGGAUGGCUGAUACGGAUCUGACCUCACGGACCCGGACCGAGGUUGUGUUAUGACCCCGACAUCAUGACAAUAAUGACGAUGAUGAUGAUGACGAUGGUGAAGAGGAAGGUGUGUUCUGGCCGCUCACGGGGUGCUAUGUAGAGACACGCUGUUUGCUGUGACAGGAGUCAGGAGAGCCUGUUUUCCUCGAGAGAAGAAGAAGGAGAAGAAGACCGGAUUAAAAUCUGCAGAGGAAAACAACUUUGACACUUCCUGGUGAAACUUUUUUUUUUAACCUCCGUAAACUGUGCGCGCUCCCGACCCCCGGGCUCGAGACUGACGCGCACGCUGCCCCGCGCACGCUGUGGUCGCCGCGAGCACAAUGGACCAAUUGUGUCAGCGCGCUCGCUCGUGACGUCACCGCAGAGAGGCGCGCCGCCGCUGAACCGGCUCAGGAGCGGGCUCGCGCGCCAGGGCCUGGUACACUGAAGUGGGGGUUCACGAGGAUGACGUCGGCGUAACGUCACACCGUAAGGUGCCCGUGCACUAACAGAGUAAAUCUGUGUGUGUGUGUGUGUGUGCGUGCGUGCGUGUGUGAGGAUGAGUGGUGGUAAAAAGAGGAGUGGCUUCCAGAUCACCAGCGUGACAUCAGAGUUCAACAAAACUUCGGCGGGCCAAUCGUCUCCCAGCGUGGUGCUGACUAUCCUCCAAUCAGAGGCCCCCUCAUCCUUCAGUCAACGGGGAAGCUCCUCCCAGCCGACCACACCCUCUCUGAAGAGGAAGUACAUCUCCCACGAUGCUCUAGGACAGCGAAUGGGGUCUCCCUCCAGGUUCCGGCUGGUGAGGCUGGCAGUGGGCGGGGCCAGCAGCGGCGGGCGGUCUGAGCCGUAUCGCCGGGGGCGGUGGAUGUGCACAGACUUUAUGGAGCGACAGGAAGUGGAGGGGUUCAGGCGGGUGAUGGACAGUAUGAGACACGCCCACUCGCUGGAGUCCCUGGAGACGAUUGGCCGGGACAGAGGCGUAAUCCACACCCACCACACUGCCCACCUGCUGGAUGAGCCAAUCAGAGGUAGGCAGGGGGCCGGGCUCAAAAUACGAAGCGGGCCACCCUCCCCGACACACCAAGAGCCAAUCAACACCUGGCUCCAGGACCACAAGCAACCAAUGGGAACGCAGGGCGUGGACCCCAGUACUUCACCCCUUCCGCCCCACCCACGUAACAUCCCUCCUCCUCUUCGAUUGGAUGUUGGCGAUGCCGGACGGCCCUGCUCCCCCCCUGCUGGAUCACACCAUCCCUCACUGACCCCCACACUGACGCCUGCGGCCUUCAGUCUGGACCAAACCAUCUUCAACCUGCAGGCGAGCGACAGUCCAACCAAUAACAGUCUGGUUGCCAUUGACAACAGAAUACAACAGGCCAUGGACCUGGUGAAGAGUCACCUGAUGCUGGCGGUGAGGGAGGAGGUUGAGCUUCUGAGGGAACAAAUCAGAGGACUGCAGGAGAAAAACGAGCAGCUGGAGAGAGAGAACCUCAUCCUGAGAACACUGACGCACAACAGACACACAGCACACUGACACACUGACACACACACACACAAACACACACACACACACACACACACACACACACACACACUGACACACCCUAACACACUAAGCACUAACCAUUACACACAACAGACACACAACACACUGACACAACAGACACAACACACAUCCCACUGAUACACGACACAACAUCCUACUGCUCAGAUUACUGUUCCCCUCGUCCACUCACCUGCGAGCGUUGUCGUGACUAAUGGUAACCAUGGCAACAGGAUUUUUACAAUGGCUGUGACAUAUCCAAAUGUUAUGUGUGAUGAUGAUGAAGAGUAAAGUCUAAUAAAUUAAUGUUUUUAACUGG